AUGUCCCUUCUUUCUCUCCCCCUCGAACUGCGCGAACUCAUUAUAGAACUGGCUCUUUUCACCUCUCAACCCCCCCUUGCGCCCUCCAAAUGUAAUCGAAGCGACCUGAACGACAUUAAAUACCGCGCCUGGCGGCACCGAACAUACUAUGAGCAGUCGCCUGUGUCCUGUCCGUCUCUGCUGCUGGUGAAUCGGCAUCUUGCCGUCGAGACACAGUCAAUCCUCACUCGCCAACCGACGCAAUACAUCCUCAACAUUGCCAUCGUCAAUGAAGUCGACCUCUUCCCGACCUGGGUAUCGGUGCCGCGGCUCAACACGCGCAUUUCGACACUAUACGCCGAUAUCCAACUGCACGGACAUAUCCUCUCCAAACCCGACGCCCGCGCCCAGGUCGGCUGCGGCGGCCAUCUCGGCUUCCAGUGGAGUUUUUAUGCCUUGCUGGAACGCUUCUUACAGUACGGUCCGCUGGGCGACCAGGGGCCGGAUCCUUCGUGCCCUCGCGACAUCACGAUCGACACUUUGAUUCUAGAUUUUUCCUCGGCAGAAACAUCACUCCCUGCUCCACCGGCGGAGGUCGAUUAUAGACGGUGGUGGAGACGGCAGCAUUUCCUGGACCGUGGGCGCAGGUCUGAGCAGACGGAGGAUGUCCUGGUGCAAUACCGUGCAAGACCAGAAUGGAUGGCGGAAUAUCUUGCCAAAGAAAUGACGGGAUUGUUGAAUAUGGGAUAUUACCAUGCGAAAUACGGGAUGAUCCUGUAUGAACAGAUCGGCAGGAUUCAGAUACUGGUUGAGGGACAACUGGUCAAGGCGAUGGAUUUGGGGAAGAGUUUGAAGGAGCUGCACUUUCACGAUGCACAGGAGACACUUGGUCAUCUAUGGCCGAGAGAGCUGCGAGUGCCAGCUUUCAAGGAGUGGCUGAGGAAGACAAAAAAGAGAAGGACAGAUGAUUGGAUGAUUGAUAUUUAAGUAGAAUACCCAUAACAGAUAACGACUUCAAUGAAAUCAACACCGAAAGU